GUACUUCUGUUGUCCAUGACCCACAGGAAACAUUCAGGCAUUAUUUUCAGACUCUUAUUUCAACACUUUAUAAAGAUCAGGGAACCAUGUAUGACACUUUGGACUUUCUCCUUAUGAAUAUAAGGAAUUUAACUGAUACAACUGAUAUUCUUACAGACUACUUUCCAAAUUUAUUUAAGAUUCUUGCAUGGCAUCCACGAGUGUUUCAUUAUGAGUUUGCUACCUUGUUGCCAGCAAUGAUGAAUGUGGACACAUCCAUUGAGAUAUUUCACUUACUUUUGGAUUUGCCCUGCAUGAGUGCAGCACUUGAGAUCAUUGAAAGAGCCAAGGUGACAGAACCUCUUGUAGUGGAAGUUGACUCUGAACCUGCAUCAUCUUUAGAGGCAUUUUACAAUCCUCGUUUCAGACCCUUGUUCAGCUACAUUACUAGAAGUGAAAGUGGCCACGGGGAUACCAUUGACAGGUUGGCCCAGCUACACUUAUUGUUGAGAGAUUCUAUGAACAGCAGCAGAGUUAUGGUUUGUUGCCAGCUUGUUCCUAUACUUCUCAGAAUCUGGUUUCAAACAGUAUUGAUCAGUGAAGAUGCAGUAUUCUUAGCCCAUCUCUUGCCUGUUGUAACAGAGCGUUCUGGCAUGAUGUUUGGUGUUUCAGAAUUCAUUGAGGAUAUUCACAAAAUUUUUGCAGAGAACCUACUGAAAUUGUGUAAAAAAUUUCCAGAAAUCAUCUUAAAACAACAUUCAGACUUGUGUGAAUUUAUACAGGCUACUGCUAGUGUUGCCGGAAGGAUAGAAAUAUACAGCAGUCUGAUUUUUGCUUUGGGGGAUUAUACUACUCAAUUUCACAGUCCAGGCACUAAGUCUGAAGUUACUGGCAAAUAUUAUGAAAGUCUCGAAGUUGUGACAUAUGAACUCCUGAAUCAGUUGGCAUCCCAAGAAUUUGAUCCUAUCAUCCCUAAAGUUUUAUCUUCUUUGAUGUCAGCUUUAUCGAAGCUGGCAUCACGAUCUCAAGACCUAAUUCCUCGAGCCAUUCUGUGUCUAACAAAAGUGGUGAAGCAACAAAAUCUCAUCAUGCUGAGCUCCUGUUCAAAAAGUUUUCUUACAAAUAAAGCUGCAUCAUUGAUUGUCCUGCUGAAAAAUCCAGACUCAGCAUCCCUCCUCCUUAGGCCAAGUACAGUUAAUCAAUCUGACAAAUAUCACUUGAGCAACAUGAGCAUUUCGUCAGUUAUGAGAGGAAUGCACAAAGUUAUCAGGGACUAA